AUGGCUGUGUCGUGGGUCUCUGUGGCUUUCCUAGCUGCUACAGCGCUCGGUGCUUCUAUCGGACCCGCCGCAGAAAAGCAAAUAGUGGAAAAGUCAAUUUGUGGAAAAGUAUGGGUGACAGUACACUCGCUUAACAUACGCUUGGGAGUUGGACAAAACCUGCUAGAUGCUAUAGAAUUGAACUGGGACUUCAGUUCUUGCGCCAAUCUGCCUAAUCAGAUUGGACUUUUCGGCUCUCGACCGACCGGCUGGCACAGCGCCCUAGCAGUAUACCAGGUCACCUCUGCCACGGGUCAUAUAAUAACAAACAUUUCUCUUGGUGAACCUGACCUUCCCGGUGGCUGGCAAUCAGGUGGCGGGCUAAGAGGCCCUCAGUGCUUGUGGCCGUGGGUUGGAGCUGGUAAUGAACAUGUACAAACGUUUAAUUGCUUAAAAAUCCAGCCAACCUGGAUGGAGGAUUAUGGAGAGCGAAUCAAUAAACUACGCAUUGGCGAUUUAGCGAUACCAGGCACUCAUAAUGCUGGAGCGUGGCGAUUUGAUACUGAAAUUAGUACUGUCACAAGAGACAGCUUCGUCCUCUGUCAAGACCGAUCUAUUUGGGCGCAACUCGUUCACGGAAUCAGAUACUUCGAUUUCAGAAUUGCCUACUACGACUUCUAUGAUAGGAUUGAAGACAGAUAUUGGCUCAACCACAACUUAAUCCGAGUCCGUCCACUUCUACCCUUGUUAAGAGAAAUUAGAGCAUUCUUAGAUGUUACUCGAGAGGUGGUUUUCCUCGACGCUCACCAUUUUCCCGUGGGAUUUUACGAUCAGAAUGGUGCUCCUAUCAGAUCGGUCCAUUCGGGGCUCCUUCAUAUGGUACAAAAAGAACUCGGUGCCCACAUCGCAGUAGCGACCCAAUUCUACACAGGGCCUGGUACUAAGGGGCCAACACUACAAACUUUGAAAGACGCUGACAAGCGCCUAGUUUUCAACUAUGUUGAUAACACUAUUGUAGCGGAAAAUAAUUGGCUGUGGCCGAUUCUACCUCAUUUAUGGGCGAACACGAACAACCCUACAGCACUAUUCCAGUACUUAGACCGUGCCAUCAGCACCUCGCCACAGCCUAAUGCUCGUUCACCUUUGUUCUCUGCAAUGGCGCAAACAACUCCGACUGUUCUCGACAUACUCUUUGUGAGAGGAUCUCUGCGGGCAAACGCUGAUCAAGUCAACAGGAACGUAACAGCUCGAUUGGCGAGCGUCUGGCGUCAGCGGGCUAACAUAGUCUCAACAGACUUCUUCCUCGCGAAUGAUGUUGUCGAUGUGUCCAUAGAGAUCAGCGUGGAACGCUCCAACAGAUUAUGA